AUGGCGGGAACUGUCACGCGCGUGCGCACCGACGAACACGCCCCCCUAGCGCCCGGGGAGGGCGGGGCCGUUGAGCGGUGGGCGGGGCCAAGCCCCGUUGUCCCCCCGCGGGCCGGGGCGGUGAGGGCGCCCCCCAGUGGCAGCACCGACUCCGGUCCCGGGGGGUCCCCGCGCCGUGGGGGACACACAGACACGGGACCCCCCGGGACCCCCCGGGGCCCCCCAGGGCCUGGGUCCCGCCCCCCCCCCCCGCCCCCCCGGGCCCCCCGGCCCCGGCCCCCGGUUGCCGCGGGGGGCCGCAGCGCCCCCCCCCGCCCGGUCCGGGGGUCCCGGGAGGUCCCGGGGAGUCCCGGGGGGUCCCAGGGGGUCCCGGGGUCAGGGUUGCGCCCCUCCCCCCGCCGGCCCCUCGUCCGGUCCCCCUCCCCCCCCCCGCGGCGUCCGGUGCCCCUGGCCCGCCCCGUCCGGCGCUGGUUCCUUUUCCUUUGUCCCGGUGACAAUGUCCCGGCUCCGCCUUCCCGGGGCCGCCUCAGCCAGCGCGGGGAACCGCCGGACCCCCGGGAGCCCAGACCGGCCGGGCCGCCCCCUGCCCCCCCCCCCGGGGACGCCGCCGGACGCCGCUUCCUCCCCCCUCCGGGCCGCGGGAGCUCCGGCGGGACCAGGCGGGGACGGGACGGGGCGCGGGGGGGCCCCGGGGGACGGGACGGGGCGGAGGGGACCGGGCAGGGGGGUGAAGGGGACCGGGGGGGGUCCCGCUCCCCUUUCCCCCCCUCCCCGGGGGGGUCCCGCUCCCCGUCUCCAUCCCCGGGCGGGUCCCGCUCCCCAUCGCCCCCGGGGGGAUCCCGCUCCCCCUCGCCCCCCUCCCCGGGCGGGUCGCGGUCCCCGUCGCCCCCGGAGGGGUGGGAGCCGGAGCGGGCGGCGUUCGGGGAGCUGCGGCUGGAGGAGGUGAUCGGGGCCGGGGGCUUCGGCCGCGUGUUCCGGGGCACGUGGCGGGGGCAGGUGGUGGCGGUGAAGGCGGCGCGAGGGGACGCGGGGGCCGCGGGGGCCGCGAGCCUGCGGCGGGAGGCGCGACUGUACGCGCGGCUGCGACACCCCAACGUGGUGGCCCUGCGGGCCGUGUGCCUCGAGCCCCCCCACCUGUGCCUGGUCAUGGAGUUCGCGGCGGGGGGGCCGCUGUCGCGGGCGCUGGCGGGGCGCAGGGUCCCCCCCGCCGUGCUGCUGGACUGGGCGCGCCAGGUGGCCCGGGGGAUGCGGUACCUGCACGCCGGGACCCCCGUGCCCCUCAUCCACCGGGACCUCAAGUCCAGCAAUGUGCUGCUGGCACAGCCGGUUGUGGGGGACGACGUGAGCGGGAAGACGCUGAAAAUCACCGACUUCGGCCUCGCCCGCGAGUGGCAGCGAACGACCAAGAUGAGCGCGGCCGGAACCUACGCCUGGAUGGCCCCCGAAGUCAUCCGGGCAUCCACCUUCUCCAAGGGCAGUGAUGUCUGGAGUUACGGGGUGCUGCUGUGGGAGCUGCUGACGGGGGAGGUGCCAUACCGGGGAAUCGACGGCCUGGCGGUGGCCUAUGGGGUGGCUGUGAACAAACUGACCUUGCCCAUCCCCUCCACCUGCCCCCCACCCUUCGCCCAGCUCAUGGCAGCCUGCUGGGAGCAGGACCCCCACCGGCGGCCGGGCUUCGGGGCAAUCCUGCGGCGCCUGGGGGGGCUGGAGCCAGCGGGGCUGGGGCCCCCCGAGUCCUUCCACUCCCUGCAGGAGUCCUGGCGCCGUGAGAUCCAGGGGCUCUUCGACGAGCUGCGGGCGCGCGAGAAGGAGCUGCGGAGCCGGGAGGAGGCUGUGGCCAGGGCGUCCCGGGCCCAACGCUCCCAGGCUGAGGCGCUGCGGCAGCGCGAGGCUGCCGUGGCCCGGCGGGAGCUGGAGGUGCUGGAGCGGGAGCUGAGCCUGAUGCUCCGGGGGCCUCCCCGGCCGCCCUCAGCCCCCAAGCGACGACGACCCCCCUUCCGGCGGCCGCGGCGGCCCGCAGACCUCAUUGGCAUGCCCCAGGACUUCAAGCAUCGCCUGACGGUCCAGGCUGCGCCAGGAGGGGACCCCCGAAGCCAUGACCCUGAGGAUGGGCCGGGGGGGUCCCCCCCUUUCCCCCGCCUGCGUGCCAUCCAGCUGGAACCCGAGGAGGAGGAGGAGCUGCCGCGGGGGCGCGGGGGCAAGAGCAAUGCCCCUAAUGGCAGGCGGCGGCUGCGCCCGGACGAGACCACCUGGUACCUGGACACAGAUGAGCUGAGCCCGGGGGAUGCAUCCCCCAAUGGUGAGGCCGGGCCCCCUGAAGCUGAGGAGGGCCGGGGGUCUCGGGGGGGGACCCCGCGGCUGCUGCGGCGGGCGCUGCUGAGGGGUUCGGCCCUGCUGGCGUCCCUGGGGCUGGGCCGUGACCUGGCCCCCCCCGAGCCCCCACGCAGCCCCCCACCCUCCCCUGGCCUCCUGCGCCUCUCCCCCCGCUGGCGGGAUCGGACCAUGGGGUCCCCGGAGCUGAGCUCACCUGGGACCCCCGAGCUGGGUCGUGCCUGGACCCCCGGGUCCCCAGAUCCCAGUGGAGUCCGGACCCCGGGGACCCCCAGGACCCCUGAGCUGGGGCGAGCCCAGAUUCCUGGGUCCCCAGAUCCCAGCGGAGUCCGGACCCCUGGGACCCCUAGGACCCCUGAGCAGGGGCGAGCCCGGACUCCCAAGACCCUGGAGCUGAACUGGUCCCGGACCCCUGAGCAAGGGGGAGCCAGGACCCCUGGGACCCCUGGGACCCCUGAGCUGUGUCACCCCGGGACCCCCGGGACCCCUGAGCCAGGUCAUGGCCGGAUCCCUGGAACCCCUGAGCUGGGCCGUGCCCGGACACCUGGGACCCCUGAGCUGGGGCUGCCGCCAUCCCCCCGGGGUGCCAGGAGACCCCGAGAGCUGAGCCCGGGUGCCGGGACACCCGAGUGGGGCCCCGCCCGGCCCCGCCCCUCACCCCUCCGCCCCCGCAUCGACCCCUGGAGCUUCGUGUCCGCGGGACCGCGCCGGGCCCCGCCCCCCGCCGGGCCCCGCCCCCGCGACCCCUUCACCGACCAAUGAGCGCCCGCGGCGCGCCUGGACUCGCCCCCACCGCCCUCCAGUGACCAAUGAGCGGCCGUGACGAGCGGGAGGGCGGUGCAAGCCCCGACCCCACCGCGAGGCUCCGCCCCCGCCGGGUCGUGAUGGACAGCUGGCGGUGCCAGAAGCCCCGCCCGCCCAGGCGCCCCAUUGGUCAAAGUAAAGGGCAUUACAAGAGCUCCGCCCCCUCCGGGGCGGGGUCACCACGGCAGGAAAACCACGCCCUCUUCGGGCAAACAGGAAGCUCCGCCCCCAUUGAUGGGAUUCAGGAAGCCCCGCCCCCCGGCGGAGGCCCCGCCCCCGGGCGGUUCCGACACUGGACGGGGUCCGGGGGAGGGGAUGGGGGGGACGACUGUGACCAAAUAAACUCCCGAGAC